AUGCAAAUUUUUGUGUAUACGUUGGUAGGGACAAGAAUUACUCUUAAUGUUGAUCCUUUAGACAUGGUUGAUAGGCUAAAGGCUUUAAUUGAAGAAAGCCAAGGCGUGCCUGCUGAUCAGCAUGGAAUUGUGUUUGCUGGAAGAUUAGUAGAAAGUGGAAAAAGUCUUGCUUCGUAUAACAUUAUAGAAGGCUCAAACCUUCAUAUGGUAAUUAGAUGUAAUAUUGGACGAUCAAACCUGACGAUAGCAAAAUAA